AUCUUAGAAGUGCGAGCUUGUAGUAAAGAGAGCAGAAAGUAAAGAAGAAAAGUAAAAAAAAAAAGGAAAUCGAGUAUGUGCUUAUGUGUGUGAGUGUAUACGAAUCUGUGUAAUAGUAUUUCAUGUAAUAAAGGCAAAACUACUAUAGUGAUUUUCAAAGGGAAAUUGAUGACCUCUGUGUUUCUCUCGUUUUGUAUAUCUUCGUUGGUGCUAAGAAAGAGAAAGAGGAGAAGAAGAAGAAGAAGAAGAAGAAGAAGAAGACGAAGAAGAAGACGAAGAAGAAGAAGAAGAAGAAGAAGAAGAAGAAGAAUAAGAGAGAGAAAGAUGAAUAGUAACAAAUUAUUCGAUUAAGGAUUCCCUUAUAGCGAAAGUGAAAGAAUACCAAGUAUUAUAUCGCAAAGGAAUGUUAGUUGUAUUUUACUUCUUUAACUUUCUUUUGUUUUAUUUUUUUCUGCGAUCCUUAAACCGAAAAAUACCAUCAUCAAUCUGAUCACAAGAAUUUCUUUUUGAAGAAUUCUAAAUCCGACGGAAUUUCUUCUUAACGUCUUGUUUCGCCAAAUUUCAAGUUAUCUACGUUUAGAAAUCAAAAGAACAUUUAGAAAAACAGAACAAAAAUAAUGUAAAGGACAAUGACACUCGAGUAAAAGUCAAAGGCAGAAUAUUUCGACCUGAAAAUUAAAAUGAGAGGAAAUUGCAAAAAAGCAGAAUUUGUCGUACGGGAGUCGAAUCAACAGCAACAGCAACAACAACAGCAACAGCAACAGCAACAAGAAAUCAUCAGGGACGAACAACAUCCCCACCAUUCUUCAAUCACGCCCGGUUGGGUUAAUACAGACAGAACUGUGAAAGAGGAACCGGUUGAAGACAAAAACGACGAUUCGGGGAUGUCACCAGGAGAUUACACAAGUAAUUCAACGUCUCCUAUGAGCGGAGGAUCUUUUUCAGCACCAAAUUGCAGCUUAUCGCCUGAAAGUUCAACUUCGCAGGAUUCGAAUAAUAUCCAAUCUAAUAAUUCAGAUUAUAGUCCACAACAAAUGUUUAAUGAGUGUAGAGUACCUGGAGAAUUCAAUCAACACGGACAGAUCAAUGAUUCUCAAAUGGCCAUGAAUGUUGCUUCUGAUGCUGUUAAGUCUACCUCCGAUAAUGGAGAUGCAUUACAAUGUCCCAUUUGUGGCACAAUAAGUUUAAAUAAAUCAAGUUUUUCGGAACAUCUGUCUAAUCAUUACGGCAAUAGGGCGGAAAUGCGAGAUAACGGAAAUAAUGAAUCGACUGACAUAAGCGUUCCCGGACCAUCUCGAGAGGGCAACAGUCAAACUUCACCGAAUCUUGGAGAAAGAUCGGAAGUUGAAGAAUCUGAGGAACCUGGACUUCGAGUACCGCGAGUGAACUCACAAGGAAGAGUAAAAACUUUCCGGUGCAAACAAUGUCAGUUCGUCGCUCUAACGAAACUUGAAUUUUGGGAACAUAGCCGUAGACAUAUAAAAGCGGAGAAAUUAUUAACUUGCCCAAAGUGUCCAUUUGUUACAGAAUAUAAACAUCACUUAGAGUAUCAUUUGAGAAAUCAUUUUGGUUCGAAACCGUUUAAAUGCGAUAAGUGUUCUUAUUCUUGUGUGAACAAAUCAAUGCUUAAUAGUCAUUUAAAAUCACAUUCAAAUGUUUAUCAAUAUAGAUGUGCCGAUUGUUGCUAUGCAACAAAAUAUUGUCAUUCCCUUAAAUUGCAUUUAAGGAAGUAUACUCAUCUACCUGCUAUGGUACUAAAUGCAGAUGGUUCACCUAAUCCAUUACCAAUUAUUGAUAUUUAUGGUACCAGACGAGGCCCAAAAAACAAAUCUAAAGUGCAGAAGAAAGAAGGAACUGUCCGAAGAUCGAAUAUUGAACAAACAAAUACAGGAUCGGGAAUGGUAACGCUAUCUCCUCAAGUCUCUCCUACAAACUCACUUGCUAUUACAACGAACUCAACUAUCGUGAAUCCUUCAUCUUCUACUAUGACCGGUGGUUGCAUGGUCAACGGCAUGGUGAACAAUUUGGAUGUUGAUAAUCAGUCUACGAUUAUGCCCUACAAUCAAACAUUUUCUGGCUAUCAAUUACCAAAUAAUUUACCAGUUCAGGAACCUCAGGAGAGGCUAAUGCCUUUGGAUCUGAGUAUGCAUACGCUACCAUGUUCUUAUGAAAACAAUACUAUGAAUAACCAAUCGAGAAGAUCAGUUACCCCAAUCAAAGGAAAGGGUACGAACAGACGAAAGGGGAAGGCGUAUAAGUUAGAUCGUAGAUUAGUUGUCUCGGAUAAUGAAACAGACGAAGAAACAACAUCACAAUUGCAGCAUACUCAUGAGUUUUCGAGAACGAUAGAAAACGACGUUCGUAGCUUAGAAGAUCAAAUGGAUGAUCGGCAAUCAGAAGAUCAUUCAGAUAAUCAUCCAGAAGAUUAUUCGGAAGAUCGUCCAGAUUAUCACCUUCCAUCGUGUUCAAGGGAUUUAGUUCCAAGAUAUCGUCCCACUUCAAACGGUGAUUCUCUAUUUUGCUAUUACUGUGAAAUAGCCUUUGUAAAUGUUAUAAUGUAUACAGAGCAUAUGAAUUAUCAUGGAUAUGAAGAUCCGUAUAUAUGCAACAAAUGCGGUCACAAAUGUAACGAUAAGGUAGCCUUUUUCCUUCAUAUAGGAAAAUCGAAACAUUAGUAAAUACAAAUGUUUCUCUCUCUCUUUCUUUCUCUUUCUCUUUCUCUCUCUCUCUCUCUCUCUCUCUCU